AUGCUAUGACUGCACGUCUCAGACCUCUGGGACCUGUACCACAGAAAUUGAUUGUAAAGAGAACGAGAUGUGCGUCAGCAUAGCUGCCACAACCACGGGUGUUGUCGCGCUGAACUACACGAGACAAAGCUGCCUGUCGUCGACAUACUGUGUGAACGGAAGUGCAAGUUUAGGGUUCAGUAAAGGAAGCGUCGCUUCCAAAUGCUGCAACAUCAGCCUCUGCAACAAGGACAUUCCAGCAGUUUCAAUUGAGACAAAGCACAACGGGACGAAGUGCUGCACCACUCGGGACUGCUCCGAAAUCGUGAGCUGUGUGGGGGACGAAGAUCUCUGUUUCAACGCAACAGUUUCUUUCGGUAUCUUCAAGAUUGAGACAAGAGGAUGCACCACCAAGAGCGUCUGCGAUGAGCUUCGUCCCAUCGGCCUGCUGAACAACGUCAAUGCAAAUGUGACCUGCUGUAAAAAAGACUUCUGUAACGGGGUUGAAAAACUGACCCUGGGUUUCUUCCUCAUGACGGUUCCUCUGCUCUCCUUCAUCCUCUUCCACUGAGCUCCUUCCUGAGAGUAACACUUACUACCUACCGUUCAUGUUUCUGUAACUUUAAACAGACGGAGAAAUUAAUUUGCUUUUUUAAUUCGUAAUUGAUGAUAAUUCCUGAUCUCUUCUGUGUAUGAAUUAUA